CGGCCCUGGCAGCGCCUGGGGCUCCCCGACGGGCCACGCUCAGGGGCCGCGAAAGGGCCGGCGGUGGCGGGAGGGUGGAUAAACUGGGGCGGCUGGAGGUGGUGGGUUCCCCCUGCCGCCAGCGCCCUUGGUCUCCGCUGCCCCCCGCAGCCGCAGGGGUGGGGGAUGUGGCACGUCGCGGUGCUGCCGGGGUGUAGCUCAUUCCUGAUGCCUCUGUUUGUCGCUGAGUUUUGAAGAGAUUUAUUGGCUGGCGCUUGCUAAACCACGCUUGAGUAAUCCGAGCUGCUGCGCGGCGUGGUGAAGCCCCGGAGGGGGGAAACGUCACUCCCUCUGGCAGCGGAGCAACAUUAGUCUUCCAGCCCUCUAACCAUCACUACAGCGUCGGAAACGGCCGGGUCACAGCCAUUUGCGUUGGAAAAUUGGCGAUGUUUGGUGCUAGAGAUCGAUUACCCUUGUAAUCUUUCCCCCCCACCUCCUCCUGCUUACCCCACCCCUACCCGCCCCAGACAAUAGCGUCCGAGCUCCUUCGGGAAAAAAAUAGCAAAGAAAGCAAGGAAAAAAAGAAAGAAAGAAAAAGAAAGAAACUGGGGGAUGGAUCUGACUCCAAUAGGAACAGCGUGUAUCUAGAAGUGGUGCUAAUGGGAAGAGAUUUCCGAGCUCCGGAGGACGAUGGUUUGUCACAAAGGGUAGCUGGCUCGGUGCUGUGGGCUGGAGCCGUGUAGGAGAUCCUUGGAGAAGUCAUUGUGCACAGAAAACCGAAGACCUGUACAAACAUGCCUGUUCGCAGAGGUCAUGUGGCACCACAAAAUACAUUUUUGGGUACAAUCAUACGAAAAUUUGAAGGGCAAAAUAAAAAAUUCAUCAUAGCUAAUGCCAGAGUGCAGAAUUGUGCUAUCAUCUACUGCAAUGAUGGCUUCUGUGAGAUGACCGGGUUCUCCAGGCCAGAUGUCAUGCAGAAGCCUUGCACCUGUGACUUUCUUCAUGGGCCAGAAACCAAAAGACAUCAUAUUGCCCAAAUUGCUCAAGCACUGCUGGGGUCAGAGGAGAGGAAAGUAGAAGUCACCUAUUAUCACAAAGAUGGAUCUACCUUCAUUUGCAACACCCACAUAAUUCCAGUGAAAAAUCAAGAGGGAGUAGCAAUGAUGUUUAUUAUUAACUUUGAGUAUGUAACAGAUGAAGAGAAUGUGGCAUCUCCCGAGAAGUGCAAGCCAAUAUUGUCGUCCAAAAUUGUAAAUCAUGGUAACAACCUUUCGAGUGGCUCUUCUUCAGGUAGAGUUUUUGGGUUCCGGUUACCUGGAUUGAGACUUCUAACAUACAGAAAGCAGUCCUUACCACAGGAAGAUCCUGAUGCAGUGAUAGUCGACUCAUCUAAGCACAGCGAUGACUCAGUGGCUAUGAAGCACUUUAAAUCACCUACGAAAGAAAGUUGUAGUCCAUCAGAAGUGGAUGACACAAAAGCACUGAUUCAACCUAGUAAAUGCUCGCCUUUGGUUAAUAUAUCAGGACCUCUUGACCAUUCGUCACCUAAACAGCAAUGGGACAGACUUUACCCUGACAUGAUACAGACAAGCAAUCCACUAACCCAUUCCAGAUCAAGAGAAAGCAUUUGUAGUAUACGGAGAGCAUCUUCAGUACAUGACAUAGAAGGCUUUAACGUCCAUCCCAAGAACAUUUUUAGGGACCGUCACGCAAGUGAAGACAAUGGUCGCAAUGUCACAGUUUCACGUUCCUGGAUGGCAGGGGGGCCUUUUAACCAUAUCAAGUCAAGUCUUCUGGGAUCUACAUCGGAUUCAAAUCUCAACAAAUACAGUACAAUCAACAAAAUUCCUCAACUUACACUGAACUUUUCGGAUAUCAAAAGUGAAAAAAAAUCUUCAUCUCCUCCUUCUUCAGACAAAGCAAUUAUUGCACCUAAGGUGAAAGACCGAACGCACAAUGUAACAGAGAAGGUUACCCAGGUUCUAUCCUUAGGGGCUGAUGUUUUGCCAGAAUAUAAACUCCAAACACCUCGCAUCAACAAGUUAACCAUAUUGCACUACAGUCCUUUCAAAGCUGUCUGGGACUGGCUCAUUUUGUUACUGGUAAUAUACACGGCCAUAUUCACCCCUUACUCUGCUGCCUUCCUUCUGAAUGAUAGUGAGGAACGGAAGAGAAGAGAGUGUGGAUAUUCUUGCAGCCCGUUGAAUGUUGUAGACUUAAUUGUGGAUAUUAUGUUUAUCAUUGACAUUCUAAUAAACUUCAGAACAACUUAUGUAAACCAGAAUGAAGAAGUGGUAAGUGAUCCAGCAAAAAUAGCAAUUCACUACUUCAAAGGCUGGUUCCUAAUUGACAUGGUAGCUGCAAUACCUUUUGACCUGCUGAUUUUUGGCUCCGGCUCUGAAGAGACAACAACAUUAAUAGGUCUUCUGAAGACAGCUAGACUGCUGCGUUUGGUGAGAGUAGCACGGAAAUUGGACAGAUAUUCAGAAUAUGGUGCUGCAGUUCUGAUGCUCCUUAUGUGCAUAUUUGCACUAAUUGCACACUGGCUUGCUUGCAUUUGGUAUGCCAUUGGAAAUGUAGAAAGACCUUACUUGGCUCACAAGAUUGGCUGGUUGGAUUCUUUAGGAGAACAAUUAGGAAAGCAGUACAAUAAGAGCGAUGCAAGCUCUGGACCAUCCAUCAAGGACAAAUAUGUUACAGCACUUUAUUUUACCUUCAGCAGUCUGACAAGUGUAGGAUUUGGAAAUGUGUCUCCAAACACCAACUCAGAGAAAAUCUUUUCCAUCUGUGUCAUGUUGAUUGGCUCAUUAAUGUACGCUAGUAUUUUUGGAAACGUAUCUGCAAUAAUCCAAAGACUCUACUCGGGAACUGCACGUUAUCACAUGCAGAUGCUGCGAGUAAAGGAGUUUAUACGCUUUCAUCAAAUCCCCAACCCUCUGCGGCAGCGACUUGAGGAAUACUUCCAGCAUGCAUGGACAUACACCAAUGGCAUUGACAUGAACAUGGUCCUGAAGGGAUUUCCAGAAUGCUUACAAGCUGACAUUUGUCUGCACCUCAACCAAAAUCUGCUUCAGAAUUGCAAAGCUUUCCGGGGGGCCAGUAAAGGCUGUCUUCGAGCUUUGGCUAUGAAAUUUAAGACAACACAUGCACCUCCUGGAGACACUUUAGUGCACUGUGGAGAUGUUCUCACUGCUCUUUACUUUGUGUCAAGAGGCUCCAUUGAAAUCCUUAAGAGUGACAUUGUUGUAGCCAUUCUUGGGAAAAACGAUAUUUUUGGAGAGAUGGUACAUCUUUAUGCAAAACCAGGAAAGUCAAAUGCAGAUGUGAGAGCUUUAACUUAUUGUGAUUUGCAUAAGAUCCAGCGAGAAGAUCUGCUAGAAGUUUUGGACAUGUACCCUGAAUUUUCUGAUCUCUUCCUCACCAAUUUAGAACUGACUUUUAAUCUGAGAGACGAAACCACAAAGUCUGACCUCGUAAUAAGAUCACAAACUACUAAUGAUACGGAUGGAGAUAACUGCAAACUAAGAAGACGGAAAUUGUCCUUUCAAAGUGAAAUAGAGAAAGAUUAUUUCAAAGAGAAUGAUCAGAGUGAUCCUGAACCCUCAGGGGACACCACCACAUACUACCAAUCUAUUAAGAAACACUUCGAGGAGAAAAAAAGUGGGUCAUCGUCUUUUGUGUCCUCCACUGAAGAUGAGCAAAAGCCCCUGUUCUCUGGGAUAGCUGAUUACCCACUUGUAACAGAGAAAACCACAGAGGUCGACUUCGAAGAAAUGGUUCAUGCCACAGAAGAAGUUCUAAUAGACAAAAGCAGUCCUUGCAAAGAUAUUGCUGAUAAAAGAGACUGGGAGCAGGAGAACAUCCAGGAGUACCAGGACUCCCCAGCUCAGUCAGCAUUACCCCAUGUUACAUGGGGCAUCUGUGAAACUGAAAGUGACUUUAUAUAUGGGGAAGUGGAGAAUCGAUUAGAUUUACUUCAAGAACAACUCAACAGGCUUGAAUCCCAAAUGACUGCUGAUAUCCAAACCAUCCUGCAGCUCCUGCAAAGGCAGUCAACGCUCAUCCCGCCCGCCUACAGCAUGGUGACUGCAGGUGCAGAGUACCAGCAGCCAGCAAUCCGGAUGAUACAAAAGCUUCAGCCUGCAGCGUCAAUUAAAACAGACAAAACUUUCAGUCCUUCAUCUCAGUGUCCUGAAUUUCCAGACCUUGGUAAAGGGAGACUUAAAUCCAAAGAAUCCCUCUCAAGUGGAGUGCAUCUUAACACAGCCUCAGAAGACAACCUGGCUUCUUUUUUAGAUCAAGAACACGACCAGUCUGUAGAGCAUCCCCCACAGCAUUGUAAAACUUAUCUCCAGCCAGUCAGGCACCCUUCCUUGCCAGAAUCUUCACUAAGCACUGUAGGAAUCUUGAGUCUUCAUAGGCAUGUUUCCGAUCCUGGUCUUCCUGGGAAAUAAUACUUUUAUACUAUUACUUCACAUAAAAAUGUAAGUGCUUUUAAUGGCUGUUUUUCCUUUUUAUUUUUUUUUUUUUAAUUUAAAUCCUCUAUACUUGACUCAGGGGCUACAAGGAAUAUAACAUUAUAUGCAAAAGUACUGUAUAUUUUCCUAAAUCUGAAGCUUGUAAGGUAAAGUUGAGCAGAUCUGAUGUAAAUAUAUAUAUACACAUUAACUGUAUGUUCCCAAUGUAAAACUGCCAGCAUUCUCAAGGCACCUUAUAUUUCUAUUUUUUUUAAAUAACAUGCAUGUUCUGAAAUUACAGUUUACGUUGCAUGGAGAUUACCAUUUGCUGCUGUCAUGGAAAUAGUAUUUUAUCAUGGAUAUGUCUUCAGAGCAAAUAGGCAACCAAUAACAGUAAUUCAAUAGAAAUAAAUCCUACCUGACCAAGCUAAAAUUCAAGCAAAAACUACUUCUAGCUCACUUUUGAAAAUUAAUUUACCUUUCUUGUAGUGAGCUUUUUACAAUAAAUCAGAGAGCUUCUGAAUCUAGAGAAAGAAUAAGGUAACCAGGUCUUCUGAGUUUGAAACAAUUAGGACAGAGAAACCAGCCUCCUUCCAAACCAGUUGAAGAAGAGCAGUAUUUUAAGAGACAGGAAAACUCUGCCACAUGCUGGAAAGUGUCUUGCAUCCACAAAACUGCAUUAAUUAAAUAAUUUGCUUCCAGUGCAUCAAAAAUAAAUAAAUAAAUAAAUAAAUAAAUAAAUAAAUAAAUAAAUAAAUAAAUAAAUAAAUAAAUAAAAGAGUAUGCAUCAUAGAAAUUAGCUGCCAUGAGCAACAGGUCCUCUUCAUCUGUCACUCAAACAUAAUCAAACGCAAUAAAUCUAAUUUCUAAAUGAUAGAGAAGACUGUGUUCCUUUUGUUCAAUAUAAAUUAUUAACAAUCUGGUUAAUUACAAAAUACUUUAUACAUUUUUGUUUUAUAAUUAUUAGGGUGAUUGUUUGCAGUUGUCUGUUUUCAAUGACUGGCCUCUCUACCACAAUCCUAGAUAGGGUACAUAUGUAUGUGGACACACACACUACACACACAUUCCUGUAUGUGUGCAUGUGUGUAUUUUAUAUAUGUACAUACGUGUGUACAUAUGUGUGUAUAUACUUAUAUACACACAAGUGUGUGUAUAUACCUACACUUAUAUGUAGGAGUAUAGAUAUAGAUAUAUAUAUAUGUAUAUAUGUAAAACCACUUUCAGGAACAAUUGUAAACUUUCUUAUUACAAAAUGAGUAAGCUUAGCUUGUGUCCAAAGCUGACUACAUUAGAAUAAAAUUAAUUAAGGUCUGUAGGCUUUAAAUACAGUAUGUACUGUAUCUGCAUAAUGCUUUGUGAAUACUUAGAUUUAAUUUUAUUAAAAUAUUAUUCUGCCUCAAAUGUUGUGUUUAUUUGAGAAGAAACUGACUUUUUUAUUACUGUUUUUAAAUAUUUUUAAAUGUUCACAUGAUUUUCUAAUCUUAAAGCUUUAAUGUGAAAUUCCUCUAGGAAGAGAACUGGUUUCAGAAAAGCAUGUAACCCAGUUAGUGGGGGAGCAGUGAAAUUUUAACUAAAGCCAAAUUAAACCCUCUGUUCUAAACCAAUGCUAUAGAGUCAAUGCUAUAGGGGUCAACUCUCACAUUAAUAGACACGUAUAUUAUACAUUGGGGUCAGAAUGCUACAUAACACUUCUAGUCAUACACAGCCAGUAGAUAAACCCAAAGGAGCUGAAUCUUUUCUCAUUUAAAAUUAGCACGCAUGUUGAGCUACUGAGCAAGGCUCUGCUUUACCUUUGCACAAAAAUUAAUAAACUGAAUACCUCCAUCAGUGAAAAGAGAAACCAACCCUUCCCACCCAAGAUCAUUUUUCCUCCUGCCUUGUGCUACUCUUGAUUGUCAGAAGGUCCAAAUGCUACAACGUGCUGACUGCUCUUACUUCUGCCAUGACAACAGGAGGUCUGCACUUCUUGGUGCCCUGCAGGAUCAGAUCCCAGGUGGCAGCACCUUUGGGCCAGUCAGAACCUCUGCCUGCAUAUACUCCACUGAAACAGGAGUGCUGAAUAAUGAAGCGAAAUAGUUUCUGCUUUGGGGAUUGGUGGGUAGUUUUUGGUUUGGGUUUUUUCAUUGGGUUUUUUUGUUGUUUGGGUUUUUUUUAAUAACAAGCAUUAACAACUUCUGCUCUAUCGCAAUCUAUUAACUAAUAUUAAUGUCUAUUACAAAGAAAAAGCUAGCACAUUUUCUUAAAAAAGCAUUUAUGGUUAUGCUACAUUUAAAAGUCUGCUAUAAAUUAAGAGUAAAAUUAAUUUUACAAAUAUAAUGCAUGAGCAUCGCUUUACAAAAAUAUUUUGUCCAGUUUAAUCUGUUGGUAUUUCACAUGAAUGCAAACAGACUGAGCAACACAGGUGGACUGGGGAAGGAGUGUUGAGGAAAAAGAAAGUGACAACUACAUAUUUCAGUUUGUCCAAGUGAAGGAAAAUCUCCAUCCCUUGCUCCUUUUCUGGGCUCAGAGGCUUUGUUCCUUCUGUCUGCAUUUACCAAGAAAAAUCUCAAACGAGGCCAAACUAAGGAAGACUUUACAAAGUUAUGGAGAUUCUAAGCUCCCUGGACAUUUGCCAAUGAAUGGUGAAACACAACAUGACAGACAACAACUUGGCUGGCAAUCCUCUAGCUGCCCCUUUUGGCAGGGGCCAGAGAAAGAUUUAUCUUCUCAGAUACCUUCUUUUCUUGUUGAAGCACAUGAAGACCCACUGCUUCAAGCUUUUUUCACAGAAUCACAGGAUGAUUUGGGUUGGAAGGGAGCUCUGGAGAUCAUUUAGUCCAACGCCCCUGCUAAAGCAGGUUCACCUUGGAUCAGGUUGCACAGGAUCAGAAUUUUCUUCUAGAAAAUUCUCUUCUCAAGACAGGUACAAACCAUUGGUUUUGGAAACAUGAUCAUUUUCUAAACAGCGAAUGUUGUCUCUGUUAUUUUUGUGGAUUUUUUGUCAUUUUUGUUGUGGGGGGUGCGUUUUGGUGAUGGUGGUUUUUCUGUUUGUUUGUUUGCUUCUCUGGGCAGGGUUCCCUUUAAGCUCAGUCUAUUUCUAACUUGAUAGGAAUGGGUCUGUGUUACCCAAAUCGAGCUGAGAAAAACGUAACAGUUGCAUACCCACACAUCACAAUACACAGCUGUAACAUAUCCAUAGAGGCUUUCAGACAGGUAUUAGUGGAGAGAGUCAGAUGCCAUCACAAGAGUAUUAAAAAAAAAUAGGGAAUGCUUAGGAGGGAAAAAAGGCUGGGAAUAGAUCAUGGAUAACACUGAGAUAAUCCCAUUCCCCUUCCCAAUGGGAAUGUGCUGUCUCAGCCUCAGAGGCAGGAGCAGCAGUGGCAAGGCCAGUCGAGGCAAUCGCCCCAGCCACACUGCAGGAUGGAUUAAGAAGCAGACUCUGGACUGUGGAACCUUCAUCUCAGUGUAUUUAGACCAAUCACAAUUUCCCCAAAAGCUUGCUGGAAGUUCCCCCACCAGGGUUUAGCUGUUCUGCACUGAGGCUAUGGCUACACCUCCUCCACCUCACUUCUGCUAAAAUAGCCUCUCUCCUCAGAUAGCAAUUAGAAAUCUAAUUAGAAAUCGCAAACCCUCUUCAAAUCUAAGUUUUGGUCUUGCUUGAGCUUACGAACACUUGGCUAUUUACAUUUAAAGCCUGUGGCUAAAAAUACAUAUAAAUUAUAACUUGUAAAUACAGAGAAGUACCCUGGAAAUGCAACAACAGCUAAUGUAGCUGAAGUAUCAAAGCAAUUGGGACAAUUAUUCCAAAUGUGAGACGUGAGACAGUACAAAUCAGCAGAGCUCUUAAUGAAGUUCAUUAUCUUUCACCAGCUGUGGUUCUAGUUCAAUGUUUAAGGCAAACAGUAGAUUGUGAACCUUUCCAAUAUUUAAGCUGUGCAGCAACUUGCACCAUUUGCAUGAGCAUGUCUAUCCACAUGCACAGAUUUACAGAUUAAUUCUGUUCAAGUCAGAGAGUUAGCUGCCCUCCACUUCUCCACAAACAGAACUUCCAGAUUCAGUGGGAGUCAACAAUGAUGUACUAAGGGCAUUACAGUGACCAAAAAAGCAGGGAACACUAACCUGGCACCUGUAUUCACAAACAGGAGCAAGUAAAAAGAGAAUUAAAAUGGGUCUAAUAAGCAGGGUCUGUGUGCUGAGGCUACUGGUUUGUGGGUUUGGGGUUUUUUGGUUUUGUGGGGUGGGUUAUUUUUUGUUGUCGGUUCGGUUUUGGUUGGGUUUUGUUUGUUUGUUUGUUUGUUUUGUUUUUAAACUAUGAGUAAUUUGUGACACUUUAUUCAAACCCACACCAUUACUUGCAGUUGCUCUAAAUGGUUGCAAUUACGCAUUUAAUAAAGUUUCCAGAAUUGGGUGGGGUUUUUUCCUCCCUCCUUUUAUGCACACAGACAAAAAUGCAACCUCAGUGCUCCCUCUUAGUCUCCUUUUACCUUAUUACCACCGCAACACACCCCCCUAAAACACAGGACAUGUUGAUCUGUAGUAUCUAGCAGCCAUGCACAAAUAGCAAGGAACCUAGUCUCCCUUUCAAAUCUAGCAUCAAAUUUUUAAUGAAAACACUGGUAAAUGGUAAAAUUUAUUCAGAUUGGGGACAGACUUGGUAUGCAGCCAUUAGCACAUUUUCAACAGCUGUCCAGACACAAAAUUAAUUUUUAAGUAGCUUGUUACUUACUUGGAAUAAAAGAAGGAUGCAGAAAGUCCUUUAACGUGAUUACUCUGAAGCUAAAAUUUCCUUCAGUUUUAUUAGGAAUGAUUCAUACUUAUAUCAUACAGCAGUCCCGGUCUCACUUACAUACUACAUCUCCUCUACCCAUAUUUUUUCUUUCUCUAGACUUGAAAAGAAGUAUAUUAGAAGUUAAACAGCAAAUAGCUUAAUGGGAGAAAAAACAAGAUACACAGAAUAGAUCACAUGUGAAAAAUCAAGACAACACUGAGUUUUAUGAGUGAUACUAAAGGAGAAUGUCCCAGAGCUUGCACUUGCAUGAAGGCAUCACUCUGGCAAUCUUACUUUUCUUCACUGUACCUCUGUGUAUGGGCAGUAGACAGAACUCCAUUAUUAUUGAAGAAACAUUUUUCUCCAUCUAGCUUCUUGGGGGUUUUUUAAUGCCCACUUGGCAAGUUCUUUGAUUAUUAAUGAAUGUAGAAUAUGGUUAUUCUCUUUAGAAUAGAAAUUGGAUGGAUGAAAUUAAAGCCUCCCACAAGAGGCAUUUGCCCCUUUUAUGCAUUAUUUUCUAUACUGAAGCUUUAUGAUAUUGUAAAGUUGGAAAUACAAAGAAAGUUUUGAAAACUUAAUCUAGAUAAAUACUUCACUACUAUGAGCUGUAGCAAAUCCUGCUUGUAUAACAGUUUUUUGUAUAAUGCAGUUAAGAGAAGUUAUCAUUUUAUUUUCAGAAAAGAUCUCCUGGAAAAUUGUUUACUGUACAAAUAAAAGCACUUGUACAAUGUA